AUGUCAGCAAGUGCGGGAGAUAAGGAUGAUUGGUGUGAAUACUUUGUCAAUCAAUUUGUGGAACGUGACAUGCUCAUGCGCUUCCACUUCGGGCUUGGUGUCGGGCAUGUCUACUCUCACCAACGCGCUAUGCAAGUCAUAGUUCAACAAAAUGAUAUCACAGCGCAGUCCACGUUUGUCGGAGAAGAUGACGAAGAUGCCAGAAACUCCAGAGAGAGCGAUGAAGGUGCAACUGACAAUGAAGAUGAAGAUGUUCUGAUAGUAGAUCCCACUGAACAGUGGUGUGGUAGUAGCCAAUCAUCGCUGUUAGAGCAGUAUGAAGAGAUGUACGACAGUGAAGUAGAAUUGGAUUAUGAAAAUUAG